GCUCUCUCUGGGUGAAUUCACACUUUUCCGGGGCAGGUCUGGACAGCCACACUGCGAUCAGACUGGGGAUUCCAGACGGAUGAGGCCCAGGCAGGACCUGGGGCAGGACAAUGACCAGUGUGGGCAGCAACCUCAGCACCAGGAUAUCUGCAGAAGACCAGAAUGUAAAAAACAGUCCUAUCUAUAAAACUGCACUCCGUCACUUCAAAAUACAUAAGCUUGAGAUUUCAAAAGCAAUAAAUAAGUCAUUUCCUUUCCUUGAACUCCUUCGUGACCGUGGAUUCAUCACCAAUAAACUGUAUGAAGAUUGUCAAGAAUCUCAUAGAAAUCUGGUCCCUUUAUGGAAAGUGGUGUACAAUGUUCUUAGUGAACUGGAGAAGACAUUUGACAUGUCACUACUGGAAGCAUUGUUCAGCGAGGUCAACAUGAAGGAAUACCCUGAUUUAACUCUCAUGUGUACACGCUUUGAAAAUGAGAUCCAGCAGAAAAUUUAUCACCAAGCAAGUGAUGGGGAAAAGCUUGCAGAGAACCCCAACAUCCAACUAAGCCUUGAACAAGAAUCAGAGCCACCAGCACAUGCACAUGGAAGUGAGAAGUGUUCCUGCGUUAUGUGCUUCUCAAAAGAUGUGCCAGGUCUGGAGCCAAGGACUGAAAAGAGUCGAGAUAAUGCAGGUCUUGGAAACAACUCUACUUUGGGAAAACUCAAGAGAAAAAGAAAAUCAGAGCCACCAGCACAUAGAAAUGAGAAGUGUUCCUGCGUUAUGUGCUUCUCAAAAGAUGUGCCAGGAGGUCUGGAGCCAAGGACUGAAAGGAGUCAAGAUACUGUGAAUAUUGGAAAGAACUCUACUUUGGGAAAACUCAGGAGGAAAAGAAGAAAAAAGAAAGGGCAUUUCUGGACAAGAUAUAAACGGAAGCAACAGAGAAACAUACAUGAAAGAGGGAAAAAGAGAGGCAGAUGUAGAAUCCACUUAAAUAGUACUAACAGAGCCCUAAGGAAGAGAGUCCUGUCAAGAAGCAAUAAAGGGUCAAGAAAGCACAGAGAUAACACUGUGGAUUUUCGCUCUCAAAUACUUCCUGUGACCUGUGGAUAUGUGAAAGGGAUGUUGCAUAGGAAGAGAUUGAAAGAAGGAGUCAUGAGGAAGUGCAUACAGAGUGAGGAUGGCAAUUGGUUCACCCCCAGAGAGUUUGAAAUCAAAGGAGGCCGUGCAAGAUGGAAGGACUGGAAGAGGAGUUUGUACUGUGGCAGGAGACCCCUACGAUGGCUAAUGGAGAAAGGAUUUCUAUGGAAUCCUCCAAGAACAUAUGGAGGGAGAAAAAAAGCGGGGAAUAUCAAAGUCUCACAGCAGUAUCUUAGAUGACCCGUGUGUGGGAAACUCAGACAUAUGCGAGAUCUGCCUUGAUGGAGGAACGCUCUUCUGCUGUGAUACUUGUUCCAGAUCCUUUCAUGAGCACUGUCAC